GGAUCGUCUGGAUCGACAGCGGGCACCGGGUCAUCUGGCGCUGGAUCGUCUGGCUCGACAGCGGGCAUCGGGUCACCAGGCAUGACAGCGGGCACUGGGUCAUCAGGCAUUGGAUCGCCUGGCUCGACAGCGGGCAUCGGGUCACCAGGUAUGACCGCGGGCACCGGGUCAUCAGGCAUUGGAUCGUCUGGCUCGACAGCGGGCAUCGGGUCACCAGGCAUGACAGUGGGCACCGGGUCAUCAGGUACCGGAUCGUCUGGCUCGACAGCGGGCACUGGGUCAUCAGGCACGGCAGGCUCACCGGUUUGGAUACUGGCAGGAUGGUACUGGUUGGAA